GUACUCGCGUGACGGUGACUUCGCCGCUCAGUCGCACGUUGGAGAGAUCCGUCGCUGACGUUGCCGUCCUUGGAUAUCGCUUGGUUCCCAUGCAUUCAUCACCUCUUCUCCUCGCCUCUCGCGACGAAGCUGGGCUUGAGGGCACAGGCGAGCAGCGGUGUUGAGCCAUGUCGGAGUCUACUAUGGCCGAAUUGACGGCGCAUUGGCCAGGACACGGAACGGUGAUCCGCACCUUGCUGGAUUUCUUCGGCGAUCCCGGCAGCCCUGUACCGCCAGCCGUACACAUUCACGCCAGCAGUGCAGCACGAGCCGAUGCUCUCAUCGCCUCGCUCUUCGAGCGCACAUCCGUCACUUCGUGCAAGAUCGACCCGCUUCAAGUGUGCAGCGUCUCUUCAGUCUUUGAAAGACUCGUCGCGGACCUGGGAGGUGCGAGCUCAUCUAGACCCAAGGCACACUUCGACAACCUCGACUUGGCUUUGAAUGGGCUCGCACGUGCUCUGUCGCACGAAUGGGAGCGCAAGACAGUCAUAGUCGUGAAAGGGGCGGAAAGGAUGAGGGACGUGUGGGAUGAAGCGCUCAGCGACGCAUUUUGGAGGCUCGCAGAAUUGCUGGGGCUCCAAGGCAGGCUUUGCGUGGUGACCAUCUCCACCUUAUCCAUUCGACACUUUCGAACAGUCAAGGGAAACGCGCCAAGCCUGGGCUCAGGCCAGCCACUUCAGCUGCGCAUGUCUGCUCUUCACAAGCUAGACGCCCUUCAGCUACUUCGCAAAGAUGCCGAUCAACUGGUGAACGGCAUCAGCAGUACGCCUGCCCAGUUGUCAGGUCUUCGUGCACUCCACGAAGUAUAUAUUGGCCUUGCGUACGACACGCUGUCUGCCGACGUCGUAGACGAAGAAGAGAUGCGGAUGAUCGUAGCUGCUAUCUGGCAUCCUUUCGUGGUGCCCGUCCAGACAGGCGAAGUGACCUCCACUGCUUUGCCAGCUUUACUCGCGCGAUCUGCGCCGCUCUUCAGAGACGCUUUGUUGCGCGUGCUACCCCGCCUAGUAUGGCCACAGGCAUGGGUUCGAUGGGCCGUCGCCCAAGCGAGAGAACGGUCGGAAGCCGCUGUCGCAGGAAACGAACGCAGCGCCGCUCGUACGACCGCGCAGCGAGGCUCACAGGCGAAAAGAUCCUCUGGCACCUCGAUGGAAUCCGCGUCCCUUGCGCGCUUAGAGACGUACAUUAUCAUCGCUGCUUUUCUAGCGUCUUUCAAUCCAGCUCGACUGGACAUGAGGUACUUUUUGAGGGACGAGCAUGCCCUAUUGCCCGCUGCAGAAAGGGCCGAGGCGCAAGUCAAGCUUCGAAGAAAGAAAGGCGGAGCGUUUCGCAGAAAACCAAAGAAGAAGGCUACCGCUGAUGAGGGACGAAAAGAGACCUUGAAUUCUCAAGCUCUUUUGGGCCCGAAACCAUUUCCUGUCGAGCGCCUUUUGGCCAUCUUGCAAGCACUGCUCAUCGAAUCGAAGGAAGACACUGCUCUGUUGCAAGACAGCGACAGGGUUGGCGGUCCCUCGGCGGCGCAGCAAGCAGAGGUGCUCAGUCGGAGCUCCGACGUGUUCAAGCAGAUCAAUCGCCUAGUCACUCAAAGAUUCUUGACACGUUUCAGCAGCUCCAGCGCUGUUCUAGCCCCCAACGUCCAGCUCAGAUGCAACGUCACGCACGAACACGUCUUGCGCCUCUGCAAAGCCGUCAGCUUCGAUUUGCAGGAGUGGCUUUGGGAUUGGGCAGGCGGUGCUGGAGAAGCUUGACGAGUCGGAAGAAGAGGACAUGCGUGCUGCUCCCCGUGGAUGUCAUCGUAAAUCAUGCUUGUGCCUCCCAGGCGACGACGCUGCGACUCGGUGUGGCUCGCCGAGCGGAAUCUACAUACCAGUAUGCUUGUAGUGGAUCCUAGUGUGGCAUACCAAAGGUGAUGUGGUGCGAUGGCGAGGUGAUGUCUGCGUUCUCUCUAGCUGGACUCCAGCCCCUUUCGAUCGUGAAGCGCAAGCUGACGACGUGAUCCGGGACAUAGCCGAAGCCGAUCAGCCAAGGCCAAAGUUAUGAACGGGUGGAUUUGCUCAAGCAGCAGCAGGACGAUGGAGCUCAAACCUGCGAAGUCCCAAG